GAGGGAACCCGGUAGGCAGAUUUGAUUAUUGAAUAAUGAUUUCCACUGCGAACACCUUAUAAAUAACUGGUAUUUGAGUUACAUCUUCGUACUCGAAAACCAGCUUACAAAGAAGAUUAUAUACAAUCUAGUGUCUAAUCUUAUUCUUUUAAGCUUGGUUUUUUUAAACUUCAAACAGGUAGAGAAAUGGUGAGGACCGAGUAUUUGGCAAUGAAAACUGAUGAAAUUGCAGCUGAAACACUUAAUUCCGAUAUGAAAGAACUCGGGAUAGUAGCAAAGAAGCUUGCUGGCCAUGCCAUGAAAUUGGGAGGACUAGCUAUUGGAACUGCCGUCCUGCAGUGGGUUGCUGUUGCUGCCGCUGUUUUUUUGAUGGUUUCGGCCGAAACAAAGUACAAGCCGAAUAUCCUGACUGCGCUUCUAGUGCCUUAUAUUUUCUUCACUCUUCCUUCAACAUUGUUUAUCAUUCUAAGCGGAGAAAUUUCAAAAGGAAUCUCUCUACUUUCAGUCCUGUUGCAACUAUUUUUCCCAGAACACGUUCCAAAUUGGCCUGGAAAGAUUGGAUCAACAUUUCUUGUACUAGCGCUCGCUCCUCAUUUAAUUGGUGAAACUUUAAGAGGGAAUUGGAUUGGUGAUGUCAUCUGUAUUGUCAUCACCUUUUACCAUUUGCAAGAACAUAUUAGAAAAUCUGGCGGGUUCAAACAAUCAUUCACCACACUCGUUGGUUUGGCUUAUACAAGUGGAAUCAUUUUGAUGAUUGUUUAUCCUAUCUGGUCUCUUGUGCUACAUCUCAACUAGUGGUACUGAUAGCUUCACUCAUCACUUUAUCUUCAGCAACAACAGUGUGUUGUUUAAAUUUUUGUUAAAUUUUUUUGUGUAAUUAAAUUGUGUACUUGCUCCAUUUGAUAAGAUCAAUGGGGUUGCUAUUUUGCUUCAAUACAAAAUAAAACUCUAUUUUGCAACCUUUUGUAGCUUAUAUAUAUGCGAGUCUAUCAGUUGGUAAGCAUUAAACCAAUGAUUUCAUGAAUGAAUAAAUUAA